AUGUUGGAUAUUGUCAAUGACUGGGAAUCGCGAGGACUUGUUUAUUUAAACACAGAAAUUCAUUUGCCAACGGCUUCGUCUGUUCACUAUCUAUCUAUCUAUCUAUCUAUCUAUCUAUCUAUCUAUCUCAUUCCUUUAAUAUUUCUAUCUUUCUUUCUCAUUCCUUUAAUCUAUCUAUCUAUCUAUCUAUCUAUCUAUCUAUCUAUCUAUCUAUCUAUCUAUCUAUCUCAGUCUGUUCACUAUCUAUCUAUCUAUCUAUCUAUCUAUCUAUCUCAUUCCUUUAAUAUUUCUAUCUUUCUUUCUCAUUCCUUUAAUCUAUCUAUCUAUCUAUCUAUCUAUCUAUCUAUCUAUCUAUCUAUCUAUCUCAGUCUGUUCACUAUCUAUCUAUCUAUCUAUCUAUCUAUCUAUCUAUCUAUCUAUCUCAUUCCUUUAAUACUUCUAUCUUUCAAGAUAUAUAGGUAG